AUGCCUGGCUUACCUGUCAGUAUCGAUCUCGACGAAUGCAUCUCACAGCUCUACAAAAAGAAUCUCCUGGCCGAAUCCUUGAUUGAAGCAAUAUGCGCAAAGGCGAAGGAGAUGCUGAUGAAAGAAAGCAAUGUGGUACACAUCUCUGCCCCGGUGACCGUCGUUGGGGACAUCCAUGGCCAGUUCUUUGACAUGCUGGAGAUCUUCAAGAUCGGGGGCUUCUGUCCGGAUACAAAUUAUCUUUUUCUAGGCGACUAUGUCGACCGCGGCCUUUUCAGCGUCGAGACAAUUUCCCUGCUUGUCUGCUUAAAGUUACGAUACCCACAACGCGUUCACCUCAUUCGCGGUAAUCAUGAAUCACGAGGCGUCACACAAUCUUAUGGUUUCUACACGGAGUGUGCACGGAAAUAUGGCAAUGCCAAUGUUUGGCACUAUUUCACAGACAUGUUCGACUUCCUUACAUUGAGCGUGGUCAUCAACAACCAGAUCUUUUGCGUUCACGGCGGCCUGUCGCCUUCCAUUCAUUCGAUCGACCAGAUCAAGAUCAUUGAUAGAUAUCGGGAGAUACCUCAUGAGGGGCCGAUGGCGGAUUUGGUUUGGUCAGACCCGGACUCAGAACGGGACGAGUUCUCUCUAUCACCACGAGGCGCUGGGUAUACUUUUGGAGGCGAUGUGGUCAAGAAAUUCCUACAGGUCAACAGCAUGUCUCACAUCCUUCGAGCGCAUCAACUGUGUCAGGAAGGCUAUCAGAUUCUGUACGACGACCGACUCAGCACUGUUUGGAGUGCGCCGAACUAUUGCUACCGGUGUGGGAAUCUGGCCAGCGUGCUCGAAGUAAGCGAUGCGGGGGAUCGAUAUUUCAAUAUCUUUGAUGCCGCCCCCGAGAAUGACAUGCAUCGGAACGAGCAACAGCAACAACAACAACAGAGUCAGGCGAAGGACGGCCAAGGGUCUCACAUUGAAUACUUUCUCUAG